AGAUUAGUGCUGGUUUUUUGUAUGAUGAAAUCCACAAUAUAGACAUUUUACUCAACAUGAACAAAAUUUUAAAAAUUUAUUGUACAUCAAUUUAUUAUUUUUUAUUAGUUGUUCGGGCAUCAAUAAUUGACACAAAAUCACUACUUCAGUGUGAUGCGUUCAUCGAAACAGCGAGUAAAUGGUCUACAAUUUCUGAAGAUUCGUUUGAGAAAGCACACAUUAUAAUUAAACGAUGCGCAAGUUCCCGUAAAAGAGGGAACACGAAGAAGUAUGAUGGCACUGUCAUUUUACCGACUACAAACUUCCCCUUGUUCGUGAAACGUGAAGAAAGAAUCUCUACGGACGAACACAUAGAAAAAGAAGCAAAUUUCAAAGAUUUAUACAACUGGCAGAGAGAAAAUAUUAAAGGACCUGAGUAUGUUUUACACGAUGGACCACCAUAUGCUAACGGGCCUGCUCAUCUUGGACAUGCCAUUAAUAAAAUAUUGAAAGAUAUUUUUAACCGACAAAACUUGCUAAAAGGGCACAAAGUACAUUACAAACCUGGUUGGGACUGUCAUGGUUUGCCCAUAGAAUUGAAGGCUCUCUCAGACGUAGAAGCCAAUUCAAUCAAUAUAUCAGCUUUAGAUGUUCGAAACAAAGCUAAGAAUUUUGCCAUUUCUGCUAUUGAGCGACAGAAAAGUGUUUUCAAGACAUGGGGUAUUUUAGCAGACUGGGAUAAAGGAUGCUAUUACACUUUCGACAAAGAAUACGUUCAAAAUCAAAUUAAAUUAUUCUAUGCCCUGUACGAGAAAAAAUUGAUAUAUAGAGAUUUAAAACCCGUUCACUGGUCACCCUCCUCUAGGACAGCUCUUGCAGAAGCAGAAUUGGAGUAUGUCGAAAAUCAUAUCAGUCGAGCAAUUACUGUCAGGUUCAGAAUCGAUUCAAAUUCGAUAUCAGAGUUUUUUGAAUUUCCUGAUAAUUCUAAUUUAUACGCUUUAAUUUGGACCACAACUCCAUGGACUAUACCAGCGAACAAAGCUAUUUCAUACUCAGAAAAUUUAAGUUAUUCCAUCGUUAAAAUUGAUAAUUCCUCAGACGUCUACUUGAUUGCUUCAGAUUUAAUAUCAUCGUUCAACAAUUUAACAGAAAAAUCAGCAGAAGUGUUGAAAACUAUACCAGGAAAAAAUUUAUCAAAUUUGAAAUAUGAACACCCGUUCGAAAAGGACAUUGUUUACCCCUUUAUCGCUGGUUCUCACGUUAGUUCUUCCAAAGGAACUGGGUUGGUUCACUGCGCUCCAGCUCACGGACCUGAAGAUUUUGUUUUAGGAAUAAAAUACAAGUUAUCUACGGAUUGCAUCGUGGAUGAACUCGGUCGGUAUACGAAAGAAGCAGGAAAAAAUUUAGAAGGGUUAGACGUUCUAAAUUCAGGAAAUGCGUAUGUUUUAAAAGCCUUGGAAGAUGAUAUAUUAAGUAUUCAAUCUUUCAAACAUUCUUAUCCGUAUGACUGGAGAACCAAAAAACCUACAAUUCUGCGAGCUAGUGAACAGUGGUUUAUUAAUACCGCAUCUUUGAAGAAUGAAGCAUUUGAAUGUUUGAAAAAUGUAUCCAUUUCAACUGAAAUCAAUUCGCGUAGAUUAUCAUCUUUACUGGAGGAAAGGCCGUUUUGGUGUAUAUCAAGGCAACGAGUGUGGGGAGUUCCUAUUCCUGUGUUGUAUAAUAAAGAAAGCAAUAUUCCUAUGAUUGACCAGAAUUUAAUUGAUCACUACUGCUAUCUAAUUGGUGAAUACGGUACGGAUUUUUGGUGGAAAUUACCAGUUAAGGAAUUACUUCCGGGGAAGCUAUCUAGCGAUAGUGAGAAUAUUCGCAAAAGCGAGGAUAUUUUGGACAUCUGGUUUGAUAGUGGAAUUUCGUGGUUUAAUGCUUUAGAAGGAGAUAAAAUUGCAGAUCUAUACUUGGAAGGGAAUGAUCAAUGCACUGGCUGGUUUCAGUCAUCCCUACUAAUGUCAGUUGCACUGCGAAAAUCGGCUCCGUUCAAAAAUGUAUUUGUUCAUGGAUUUGUAGUAGAUGAUAAAGGACAUAAGAUGUCUAAAUCUCUUGGCAAUGUCAUUGAUCCUCAAGAUAUUAUCCGAGGAAAAGGUAAAGAACCUGCGCUUGGGAUUGAUGUUAUGAGAUGGUGGGUUGCUAGUCACGCCGCAUUCGAUGCUCAAAUUCCUGUAACGCAAACUUCAGUUAAAAAUAGUCGAGAUACGGUACAAAGAUUGAGGCAUUGUUUACGAUUUAUUUUAGGAAAUUUGAAAGGAUUCAAACUCGAAUACACGUCCACAAAUUUCCGAAUUCUAGAUAAAUACAUUUUACACAGAAUUUACUCUUUUCAUGAUGAAAUUCAAAAGCAGUACAACUCCAUGUAUUUGAAUAGAGUCUGCGCGACGAUUAUAAAUUUUGUUACUAAUGAUAUCUCUGCUGUAUAUUUACAUGCAACUAAAGAUAGAAUGUAUUGUGAUGCGGAGUAUUCAGAAGAGAGAUUAUCUUGUCAAACUGUAUACUUUCACGUUUUAGAAUUCCUUUUACGUGCAAUUGCGCCCAUAGUUCCUCAUUUAGUCGAAGAAUGUUACAUGCACCAUCCUGUGUUUGCCAAAAAUUCAACUUACUUUAGAAGUCCUAAAAUGAAUCCAUUGGAAGAAUGGAACAACUCUGAAAUCAUGAAUGUUGUGCAAGUAUUUUUGAAACUGAAAGAAGAAAUAUGUCGGGCGAAUAAAAAACCAAAUGAAUUAUCGGUUACCGUGAAGCUAUCUAAUCCUAUUAUCGAAGCUAUUAAGGCUUACAGAUAUGAAGAGCUUUUAGAAAUUUUACAAGUAGCAGAACUUAAGGUAGAAUCUGAAUGUUCAGCAGAUUUUGAGAUUGUUGACUUUAGAAACACUACUCAUCGAGCUUGUGAAAGGUGUUGGAAAUUCAUAUGUGGUGACAAUGAAGAAAUCUGCUCUCGUUGUUCCGACGUCAUCAAUAAGAAAGCCGAACUUGCCGGAUGAUUGUUCAUGUAUAAAUUAAGACAUUGAAUAACGUUUUUUUUUGUGUAUUUUAUGAAUAAAAUGUUGCGAAAUUUGUAUCAGCA